AUGGAAGACGUGCUAGCACUGUUCAAGAUCAAAGAGUUGGGAGGCGGCAUUUUCGUUCACCGUCGGAUGACAUGGUUGCAGAAGCUCAAGGAUAUCUAUGAAGAGGAAUCAGUAGUCAAGAACGAGAAGACAUUGAGUAAACUCCUGAUAGAAGUGUUUGCUGAAGAAGAAGGGAAACUUGCCAUCAUGGCUAUGAAGGCAGCGAAUGAUGUCAAAGCCGAUCAACUGCAAGCAAAAUCGGUGCUGCGUGACCUGUUUGAAACGGAGAAGAACAGUCCGGGCUAUUUGGAGCGCGUGUUGUACCAAGAAAAGUUUGCCGACGACGAUACCGCGCAAAUCCGAACGACAUACGACUUGUACAUCAAAGGGAAGUGGCAGGUUAAGUGA